AAUUGACAAAUAUUGUUAUUGUCUCACAAGUUCAACUACGAUGGCAGAUGAUAUCUUGAAAACUCCCUAUCAAACCUACCACCGUACAUCAUACGCCGCUAUUGAUCCCACCCAACCAGCACUAUCUACCAAGUCAAAAUCAGCAGUCGUUACUGGUGCGGGAUCAGGCAUUGGAGCGGGCAUCGCCGUUUCGCUCGCCAAAUCGGCCGUCUCGUACAUCGCCCUCAUCGGGCGCCGACAAAACGCUCUUGAAGAGACUAAGUCGGCCAUCGAGGCCGUCUCCGCCAGCAGCCAAGUCUACAUCUACACCGUGGACAUCACCGAUCUGACUGCAAUAGAUGAAGCGCUCAAGGCAUUCGCCCGAGAGUGUGCGAGCGGCACACUUGACAUUCUUAUUGCCAAUGCGGGUUCUCUAGGAUGUUUAAGCUCAAUACGAAACGCAAGCCCGGCGGAGUGGUGGAACGGCUUCGAGACCAACGUCAAGGGAAACUUCAAUCUCGUCCAUGCGUUUUUGCCUCGGGCGAGCACUGCCUCCGCGAUAGUUCAUAUAUCGUCGGCUGUCAUCCAUGGUCCAUACUUCCCGAAUGAGUCAAGCUACUGCGCGUCCAAGGCCGGUGCAGCAAAGCUUUUCGAGUACGUGCAUCACGAGCACCCAGAAAUGUUUGUGCUCUGCUUGCAACCUGGCCUCGUGGCGGAGACGGGAGUGUCUGCUGGGUUCGAAAACAUUGCGAAAGGUAUGCAAGUCGAGAUGGCUAGUUUGCCGUGGGAUAAUGUUGCCUUGCCUGGUGACUUCGUCGUCUGGGCUGUGAGCCCAGAAGCGCACUUCCUGAAUGGCCGUUUUGUGUGGGCAAAUUGGGAUGUCGACGAGCUUAAAGAUGACAAGGACGCGAUCUUGGCCGACCCUCACAAGUUCACAAUGGGCCUAAUUCAAGGGCUUUAGUAUAUGUUCAGAAAUGAAAUGGUUGACUUGGGAAAUGGACCCACGCUGGCAUGGAAUUAACACAUAAAAGCCACUAUCCCCUCAGAUCAGUUCCUCAGAUAAGAUGAAAUUAACACUCAAGGCUUCUACCU